AUGUUUUUAGCUGGACAGGAAACAACAUCAAAUACAAUUAAUUUUUUGAUUCUUUAUUUAAUGUUAGAUCAAAGUUCACAAGAAAAGUUGCAAAAUGAAUUAGAUAAAGUAAUGGAAGAAAAAAGAAUGUUGGCUGAAGAAACUGGCGAAGAAUUUGAUGGAAAGUUUCGUCAAUCUGAUCGUACUAAAUUAAAUUAUACAAAUGCUGUUGUUAAUGAGACUCAACGUUUAUCAAAUCUUCUUCCAUUAAAUUUAACAAGAGUAGCCAAUAAAGAUGUUAAAAUCGGUGGUCACAAUUUAAAGGCUGGGACUGUAGUUAUACCCCAAAUUAGCACUGUUCUAUUCGAUGAAAAAAUAUUUCCGGAUCCAGAAAAAUUUAUUCCCGAGCGUUUUCUUGACGAGAAUGGGCAAUUUAAAAAAAUUGAAGAAAAUAUACCUUUUGGUGUUGGAAAAAGUUGUGCCGGUGAGGCAUUAGCAAGGAUGGAACUUUUCCUAUUUACAGCUAAUUUCUUCUAUAAAUUUCAUGUUUAUCCUCCAAAUCCACUAAAUCCACCAAAAUAUGAGAAACGUCAGACUUUUGCAGUUAAACUUCCAGACUAUAAUUGCAGUGUUGAAUUGCGAAAUUAA